AACAUCCCUCGAAUGAUAUGUUUCCAGAUUAUCUUCUACGAGGACAGGAACUUCCAGGGUCGCUCCUAUGAGUGCAGCAGCGAAUGCUCUGACCUGCACUCCCACUUCAGCCGCUGCAACUCUAUCAGAGUGGACAGCGGUGACUGGAUGGUCUAUGAGAGACCCAACUACAUGGGCUACCAGUACUUCCUGAGGAAGGGCGACUAUCCAGACUACCAGCGCUGGAUGGGAUUCAACGACUGUGUGCGCUCCUGCCGUAUGAUCCCCAUGCACCAAGGCUCUCACAAAAUGAUGAUCUACGAGCGCCCAGAGUUCGGAGGCCAGAUGAUGGAGCUGACUGAUGACUGCCCCUCCCUGUACGAACGCUUCCAUUUCAAUGACAUCUACUCCUGCAACGUGAUGGACGGCUACUGGAUCUUCUACGAACACCCCCAUUACAGGGGACGCCAGUACCUGAUGCGCCCUGGCGAAUACAGGAGGUUCAAUGAGUGGGGAAGCAUGAGUCCCAGGGUGGGAUCCAUCAGACGCAUCACUAUGUGA